AUGUGGCACAUAGCCGGCGACUUCGAGGGCCGUGGUGCCGGCUACGCCGGUGCCAGCGGCGACAGCCCACCAGAGCCGUUCACUUUGGGGAAGCGGAGCUGCCGCUACACGUUCAGCUGGCGCGAGAUGCUGAAGGAUGGGCUUGGGUCUGGGAAGCGUGACGAGGACAUCCGUCCCCGCGAGGCGAUUGAGCAACGCACUGUCAGGAUUUAUUCCGAGGACAAGGGGUGCGAGAAGGACCUGUACAACAUUAGAACAACGAAAGAAAUCGCUCUUCUCUCUGAUGAGUUUUGCGCCGGGUUCCGCUUCGCUAAAACAUUCAAGUGCAACUUCGAUAAGAGCGCGCCUCAUGUCCUUUGCAAUGAGAACAGUGAAGCGAUCGUCGACAGUAAGACUGUUCGCGACAAUGUGGAGGAGCUGCGCUUGAGUCUCCCACCACUUGUCGGAACGCGCGAUAGUGCCGAGUGA